UUUACGUUUCUCCCUCUCUCCAUUUCCCUCGACAGAACAGAACCCUCCCUCAACUCCUACGGCCAACGCCGCCCUCGCCUCCGCCACCCCCGCCUCCGCCACCCCGUCCCCACUGCAAACGGCCACCCCUAAUCGCGCCUCCUUUUUAAUUUCAGCUUGAGGCUUGAAAGUUUGUUCUGCAUUAUACUGCCGAGCAAUGGACAUCGACUCAAAAACACCAGAAAGUGCUACAUCAGUGACUGAAGGGGUUACUGAAAACAAAGAUGCUGACUCUAUAUCCAAAACAAUGGAGCAACUAGAUAUUGGAGAACCAUCCUCUUGCUUCAAGAGGAAGCCGGUUAUCGUAAUAGUUGUGGGGAUGGCAGGAAGUGGAAAGACUACAUUUCUUCACCGGCUAGUUUCUCACACUAUGAGUUCAAAAAUACGGGGUUAUGUUAUGAAUCUUGACCCUGCUGUCAUGACUCUUCCGUACGGUGCAAACAUUGACAUCAGAGACACUGUUCGGUACAAGGAGGUCAUGAAGGAGUACAAUCUUGGACCAAAUGGAGGAAUUUUGACUUCACUUAACUUGUUCGCUACAAAGUUUGACGAGGUGAUAGGUUUGGUCGAGAGACGAGCAGAUGAGCUUGACUAUGUUCUGGUAGACACACCUGGCCAAAUCGAGAUAUUCACUUGGUCUGCAUCUGGAGCUAUUAUUACUGAAGCUUUUGCGUCAACAUUUCCCACAGUAAUUGCUUAUGUCGUCGAUACACCGCGUUCGUCAAGCCCUGCUACCUUCAUGAGCAAUAUGUUGUAUGCUUGUAGCAUCCUCUACAAGACACGUUUGCCUCUGGUAUUGGUCUUCAACAAGACAGAUGUGGCGCAACAUGAUUUCGCGUUAGAGUGGAUGAAAGAUUUUGAGGUAUUUCAUGCAGCACUAGAUUCCGAUCAUUCUUACACGUCAACACUGACCCGUAGCCUAUCCCUGGCACUGGAGGAAUUCUACGAAAAUCUAAAAACAGUGGGAGUAUCUGCAGUUACUGGUGCUGGAAUGGAUGCCUUCUUUAAAACAGUCGAAGCCAGUGCAGAGGAAUAUAUGGAAACUUACAAGACUGAUCUUGACAAGAGACGGGCUGAGAAGCACAGGUUGGAGGAAGAAAGGAGAAAGGAGAACAUGGAUAAGCUGUUGAAAGAUAUGGAGAAGUCGCGUGGGGAAACUGUGGUAUUGAGCACUGGUUUGAAGGAUAAAAAAGAUGAUAAGAGCAAAAUGGAAUGUGACGAAAAUGAAGAGGAUGAAGAAGAAGAAGAUGACUAUGAAAUCUUCAGUGAAAAUGGUGACGAUGAUGAUGUCAUUGAUGAAGAUGAAGAUGAGGAGAUAGCAAGUUUUAGAUUUUGAUAUCUGUUAUCUGAAUUAACGGAACCUUUUAUUUUGGGAGAUAUGAAAAUACAAAACAGUAGAGUGGUUUUUGAUUGGUUUUAUGUACAUGUAAGCUGACUUGGUUUAUCCCUCUUUCUGAAUAUUGAUUUUGGCUCUUUUUCAGUGAAUGGCUGCGUGGCGUGUAAGCCUUCUUUUUUUAA